AUGAAGCGCUUCGCGUUCUCGCGCCUCGAGCACCUCCAGCGGCACCAGACGACGCACACGCGCGAGCGUCCGCACGCCUGCCCCGACUGCGGCCGGGCCUUCGCCCACGCCCACCACCUGCGGGGACACCGAGCCACGCACACGGGGGAACGGCCCCACGCCUGCCCUGACUGCGGGAAGUCGUUCGCCCAGCGCGGCAACCUUCGCACGCACCAGCGCGCCGUGCACACGGGCGAGAGGCGGCACGCGUGCGCCGAAUGCGGAAGGGCGUUCGCGCAGCUGGGCAGCCUGCAGAAGCACCGGGCCGUGCACACCGGCGAGCGGGGGCACGCCUGCGGUGCCUGCGGCAAAGCGUUCUCGCGCGCCGAGCACCUGCUGCGACACCGCGCCACGCACACGGGCGAGAGGCCGCACGUUUGCGCGCAGUGCGGGCGGGCGUUCGCUCACGCGCACCACCUGCGAAGGCACCGGCAGGUGCACGCAGAGGAGGCCGCCAAGAAGGAGGCGGUGGUGGUGGCGGCGGCGCUGAACCAUCACGCGAACGGCUGAAGCGUCGCGCUCCCGUGGUCCCCGCGGCAGACUUCAGCGGCUUUCGGAUGCUGCUGCCGCUGCUGCCGUCUGGAACGUUCUGCCCUUCCGGUAUGAGGGAGCCAACCGGGAGCUACGAUGCAGUUUUACACCGCGGUCGUCGUCUAGAUUGACAGACUCGUUUCUUCAGAACUUGCCGCUUGUUGUUGUUGUGCGUUUAGUUCGUUGUCCUUCCACCCCCGCGCAACUCCGAUUAGCCACGGUUGGUGGCUUACGUACGGUGGUGCAAAAGAAGUGCAACACACGCACGCGCACGGAUGCACACGUACACGUGCGCGUGACUACGACGAUCGCGGCCGGCACCGCCUCCGAUGGCCGCAUCGUUUGGUGAAGGUGAAACG